AUGACAUCGGAGGCCAAGGUUGAUGAGACGACCCCGGGGAGCGACCCGGAACGGGACUCCGUUCAUGGCGCCGCUCCCGAUGCCCCCGCCGGCCGAUGGGCCCGCCUCCGGCGUAUCCUCCACAAGCUUGUCGUGCUUGGCCGCGUCGAGGUCCGCGGUAUCACCCCAAUCCCCGUCAAGGAGCGGACUGUUGAGAAGACGGUGAACAUCUUUACGCUGUGGUGGUCCAUGAACACGAAUAUUCUGGGCAUCACCUUCGGCAUGCUUGCCCCGGUUUAUGGGCUCAAUCUAAGGAACAGCGCCUUGGUCAUCCUGUUCUUUACGCUGUUGACGACUAUCCUUCCGGCCUAUCUAUGCACGCUGGGCCCCAAAACCGGCAUGCGGCAGAUGCUGCAGGCGCGGUACAGUUUCGGCCGCUACCUCGUCACGAUCCCCGUCCUGCUCAAUCUCGCCACCCUCACGGGAUUCUGUGUCAUCAUGGCCGUCAUCGGCGGGCAGUGCCUCUCGUCGGUCGCCGACGGCAACCUCAGCGUGACGGUGGGCAUCGUCAUCACGGCCAUCCUGACGCUGGGCAUCUCCUUCUGCGGGUUCACCGUGCUUCACAUUUACGAGCGCUACGCCUGGAUCCCCGCCAUCAUCUCCAUCAUCGUCGCCGUCGGCACCGGCGGCAAGGAGCUGCGGAACCAGGUCAGCUAUGACGCGCCCCCGCCGGCCUCGUCCGUGCUGUCGUACGGCAUGAUCGUCGCCUCCUACAUGGUGCCGUGGGCGUGUCUGUCGUCCGACUUUACCACCUACAUGAAGCCGGAUACCUCCUCCACCAAAAUAUUCACCUACUCCUACCUCGGCCUGGCGACCCCCACCAUCCUGCUCAUGACGCUCGGCUCCGCCAUCGGCAACGCCAUCCCCAACGUCCCGCACUGGCAGGCCGCCUACGACCAAACUCUCGUCGGCGGCGUGCUGGCCGCCAUGCUGGCGCCCGCCGGCGGCUUCGGCAAGUUCCUCGUCGUGCUGCUCUCCUUCUCCCUGCUGGGCAACCUGGCGGCUACGUCAUAUAGUGUGACGCUGAACUUGCAGUUGUUGCUGUUGCCGCCGCGGGUGUUGGCGCGCGUGCCGCGCUAUGUGUUUUCGUUGGUUUUUGCCGCGGUGGUGAUCCCCGUAGGGAUUCGGGCGGCGGCGGAUUUCUUUGUGAAUUUGGAGAAUUUUGUGGCGCUGAUUGGGUAUUGGAGCUCGGCGUUUUUGGCGGUGGUGUUGGUGGAGCAUUUUGUAUUUCGCGGGGGGGAUUGUGCGGCGUAUGAUCCGGAGGCGUGGAAUGAUGCGAAGAGGUUGCCGUGGGGGGUGGCGGCGCUCGCCGCGGGGGUGUUGAGCUUUGGGUUGGUCGUGCCGAGCAUGGCGCAGGUGUGGUGGACGGGGCCGAUUGCAGAGACGACGGGGGAUAUUGGGUUUGAGUUGGCUUUUGUGGUGUCGGGGUUGUUGUAUCUGCCGUUGAGGUGGGUGGAGAGGCGGUGGGCGGGGAGGUGA